GGGAGCGCGGGGGAGGGAAGGAGGGAGGAGCAAAGAGGGAGGGGCCGAUCCACCUCGCAGCCCGGGGACCAGGGUUGCAACAUCUGGAGAACCACGCAGUUGAUGCUCCAAUCCAGCCACCACUUCUCCAUCGCUUUCCUCAAGGACCGCUUCCCUUCCUUGCAUCACAAACUUGCUGCGGUCGUCAGCUUUUGAUGCAGCUACUGACCUGAAGGAUAGGACCUGACUUCCCUCCAGAGAUCUAUUUCUCCUGGGCGCUGCUGUCGCGUUCAUCCUGGAGCUUCCGAGAUUUGCUCUGCACCCAUUGCCUUGUGGUAUGAUCUUUGUCCAGCCUUCCCAGUAAGAGUUUUGCGCUUCCUGCCACUGAGUGAAUGGGGGCCCCGUCUGUGCUGGAGCCGUCUCUCCAGUCCUUGCCACUACUUCCUCGCUGCCAUCAUUGAUCUGCCACGUUAAUGUUGAGUGUGUUGUGUUUUAAAGUCUUAAGGAAGAUGCAGAGACGGCACAGCAGCAUCACGGACAGCCUGCCUCCUGAAAGAAGCCGGUGUCAAACCAUCUCCUCCGAGACGAGCGUGGAUGACGGCGGCAUUUUCGAAGGUCUCAAGACGGAAGCUCCCUCGCCGCAGCAGCUUUUCUCCGGACUGGGGGGCAUCCCGUCAGGCACCAUCGCAGCCACCCCUUUCCAAUCCAGCUUGGUCCUGGGGUCCUCAGCCGGAGGUGGGGAGGUGUUCAUCCAGAUGCCUUCCUCGUGGGAGGAGGGCCCAGCGGCCAGAGGGAGGUCCUUCCACCACCGGCAGCAACCCCACCACUACCACCACAGCCACCAGCGCGGUUCCUCCCUACUGCACAUGGCCGGCGGCGACCGCCACGGACACACCGAGGAGGGGCCUGAGGAUCAGCCCGGGACACCAGCCCCUGCUCUUUCGGAGCUGAAAGCGGUCGUCUCCUGGUUGCAGAAGGGACUCCCAUUCAUCAUGAUCCUCUUGGCGAAAGUCUGUUUCCAGCAUAAGCUUGGAAUUGCUCUGUGCAUCGGCAUGGCAAGCACGUUCGCAUAUGCAAACUCGACUCUCCGAGAACAGGUGUCACUGAAGGAAAAGCGGUCUGUGCUGGUGGUGUUCUGGAUCCUGGCCUUCCUCACAGGGAACACCCUGUACUUGCUGUAUACUUUCAGCUCCCAGCAGUUGUACAACAGCCUCAUCUUCCUGAGACCCAACUUGGAGAAGCUGGAUUUCUUCGAUCUGAUGUGGAUUGUGGGGAUCACAGACUUUGUACUCAAAUACCUCACCAUCGGUUUGAAGUGUCUGGUUGUCGCGUUGCCGAAAAUCGUACUUGCCGUGAAAUCAAAGGGCAAGUUCUACCUGGUCAUUGAGGAGCUGAGCCAGCUGUUUCGCUCCCUGGUCCCCAUCCAGCUGUGGUAUAAAUACAUCAUGGGGGACGACCCGUCCAGCAGCUAUUUCCUCGGGGGGAUUCUCCUGAUCUUGUACAGCCUCUGCAAAUCUUUUGACAUCUGCGGUCGCGUGGGAAGUGUGAGGAAAGCACUGAAGGUCCUUUGCACCCCCCAGACCUACGGGGUCCGUGCCACCAGCCAGCAGUGCAGUGAGGCUGGCGACAUCUGUGCCAUCUGCCAGGCCGAGUUCCGGGAACCCCUGAUCCUCUUAUGCCAGCACGUCUUUUGCGAAGAGUGUCUCUGCCUCUGGUUUGACCGGGAGAAGACCUGCCCGCUGUGCCGCUCUGUGGCCGUGGAGACCUUGCGGUGUUGGAAAGACGGUACCACUUCGGCUCAUUUCCAGGUGUAUUAAACAGAUGAAUAGAA